AUGAUCACGGACGCGACGGCGGACGAGGCGCGCACCGUCCAGUUCGAUGAGGAGGAUGCCCAAGACGAAGGAAGUGGGGAAGAUGUUGAAGAUGAGUAUGAGGAGAAAGCCGAGCUACUCGGCGAAGUCGACGAGUUGUCGCUGCAAAUCAAGCCGCCGCUCAAGGGGAACGUCCGCCCCUGA